AUGCCGGAGAUGCAACAGCGCUCCCGGCACCUCUCCGCCUCGACCGCGCAGUCCUCGUCCGCCACACAACGCGAUCCCCACCAAACCUCCUCGAUACCGCCCUGGGUGCACGUUAACGACGGCAACGAAGACCCAGAUCAGUUAUUACUACCCGCCGAGGCACGUCCGAAUACUCGCCACUACAAACCUCCCCCUUCCCAUUACAAGCCGGGGCGGAAAUGGGACCAUCUGCGGUCAGCGGAGCCGCCUUUACUGAGCGCGCCGAUCAACGAUCAUCAGCUGCGAUGGACGCCGUUCAUGCAGUCGGGACCGAAUCCGCAGUCGCGGGAAGGGAGGGUGGUGGAUGCGGCGUGGAUGGAGGAGAACAUGCCGUAUAUGAAUCCGGAUUGGCAUCCAGAGGAUGAGGGGGAGCCGGGGCCGGGGCUGUUGACGGCGAGAGGGAUGAUGUAUAGGGGGAAGUGGCUUAUUAGUCCUGAGCGCCAGGAGAAGACUGUGCGGUUCUUUUGGCGACUACUCCUAAAGAACCCCUUCGUACCCCUGGUCUUCCGAAUAACAGUCCUCGCCUUCUCAGCAGCCGCACUCGGCAUCGGCGCCUCCAUGUUCGUUAACAUCGAACGCGCAAACCGCGACGCCGACCCUAACAACCAAUGCGCCACACGAGCGUCAACCUACAUGGCCAUUAUCGUAGGCACAGUCGCCCUACCAUACCUAGGCUACGUAACCUGGGACGAAUACAUGAGUAAACCCCUCGGCCUCCGCUCCGUCGCGGCCAAAAUCCUCCUCCUCCUCUGCGACCUCUACUUCGUCGUCUUCUCCUCCUCCAACCUCAGCCUCGCCAUGGACGCCCUCUGGGACCACCGCUGGGCUUGCUACGACGAGCACUUCGCCAUCAUCGGCGGGGAAGGUAGGGCCGUCUCAGCCACGUGCCCGAACAAUCCGAGCGUGUGCUACAAGCAGCGCGCGCUGAGCGCCGUGCUGUGUGUGGGCUUGAUUGCGUGGUGCGUGACUUUUAGCAUUAGUGUGUUGAGGGUGGUGGAGAAGUUACGGCCGGAUUAG